AUGAACUCCGAAAACGCCAAGUUCUCUCUGAAGAACCUCUUCGAUGUCGAAGGUUGGGUCUGCGUCGUCACCGGUGGCAGCACCGGCAUAGGCCUCAUGAUUGCCCAAGCGUUCGCCAACAACGGUGCGCGCGUGUACAUCGCCGGUCGCCGCCAGGACACUCUCAACAGUGCCGCGGAGAGGUGGGGCAAGGCGCUCACCCACCCGCAGGGCCAGAUCGUCCCCAUCUCUGCGGACUGCACGGACAAAGCGUCGAUCGAGCAGCUCGUGCGCGCGGUGGCGGCCAAGGAGCAGCGCGUCGAUGUGCUCGUGAACAACGCUGGGGUCGGCAUUGGCUCGAGCGAAAUCGAGCAGGGCGACGAGAGCGCAGCGGCCCUCAAGGAAGUGCUUUGGAACGAGAGCCUGGAGGACUGGGAGCAGGUAUACCGCACGAACGUGAUCGGGUACUUCUUCACCGCCGCGGCGUUCCUCCCGCUGCUCAACGCUGCAGCCCGCGAUGGCCACACGGGCGCGGUCAUCAACAUCUCCUCCAUGUCCGGCAUAACUCGCACAACGCAGCACCACUUCAAGUACAACGUCUCCAAGGCAGCCGCCAUCCAUCUCAGCACGCUCCUCGCGCAGGAGUUCCGCCGACCAGGCGUGCGCGUGCGGGUGAACAGCAUCGCUCCAGGCAUUUUCCCAAGCGAGAUGACGACGGAGGACUCGGACGAGGCGAACAAGUCGAGAAUCGACGCCGCCCCGGACUACGGCCAGAAGAAGGGCAUACCCGCUGGGCGUGCGGGGAGCGACGAGGACAUGGCGCAGACGGCGCUGUUCCUCGCUUGUAACGAGUACGCUUAUGGCCAGACAGUCGCUGUGGAAGGGGGAUAUUUACUCGAGCAUCCUUGA